AUGGCGAUCAAGCACAACAACCAGAUUCUCAACCAGCACUUCCACAAGGACUGGCAGCGUCGUGUCCGCGUGCACUUCGACCAGCCUGGCCGCAAGCACCGCCGUCGUGAGGCCCGUCUCGCUAAGGCCGCCGCUGUUGCUCCUCGUCCGGUUGACCAGCUGCGCCCCGUUGUGCGCUGCCCUACCGUCAAGUACAACCGCCGUGUCCGUGCUGGCCGUGGUUUCACCCUUGCUGAGCUGAAGGAAGCUGGUAUCCCCAAGAAGCUCGCUCGCACCGUCGGUAUCGCCGUUGACCACCGCCGUGUCAACUACUCCAAGGAGUCGCUCGUCGCCAAUGUUGCUCGCCUCCAGGACUACAAGGCUCGCCUGAUCCUCUUCCCCCGCAAGAGCGGUCAGUUCAAGAAGCUUGACUCUUCCGCUGAGGAGGUCAACGCUGCCAAGGCUGCUUUCGCCGAGGGCAAGACCGAGGGCUUCGCCACCCGUGUCGGUGGUGCCCUCCCCAUCAAGAACGCCACUCUCGCUGAGGCCGUCACCGAGGUCAAGCGUGACGACCUCCCCAAGGGUGAGGAGGCUGCUUACCGCCGGCUGCGUGAGGCCCGCAGCGAGGCUCGCUACAAGGGUAUCCGGGAGAAGCGUGCUAAGGCCAAGGCUGAUGAGGAGUCUGCCGCCAAGAAAUAG